GGAAGACACUUUAUCACAUCUAAAACCAAAAGCAAAACAUAAAUACUGUCUAUUCUGUAAUUCCAUACACAAUUGUCCUCAAGAACAUGACAAUGCUUAAGAACAAACACAUAACCUUCUCGCUGGUCUUCGUGUGUCUCGUGAUGGUGUCCCCAAUGGCUAAAGCUCAGCUUGGUGGCCUCGGUGGCCUUCUUGGUGGUGGAGGUGAUGGUGGCCUUCUUGGUGGUGGAGGUGGCCUUCUUGGUGGUGGCGGCCUAGGGGGCCUUCUUGGUAAUGGUGGCCUAGGAGGCCUUCUUGGUAAUAGUGGCCUUGGGGGGCUUCUUGGUAAUGGUGGUGGUGGUGGUGGUGGUGUCCUUGGAGGCAUUUUAGGUCUCAUCAAUAUUCAAGGCAUACUGCGUUGCUCUGCCAAUGGCAAUGUCUCCGCUCCUGCUUUCGUUAAUGCCGGCGUUCAGCUCCGGUGCGGAGGACAAAACAACGUCGUUUCAACGUCGACUACGAACAGUGCCGGACUAUUCUCGAUGCUUGUAAACCCAAUUCAGUUAGUGCUUUCUACACUCCUCUCCGAAUGUCAAGUCGCGGUUGUAACCCCUCUCUCUACCUGCAACGCCGCACUUCCUACCGGCCAACUCCUCUCAUCACCGUUGGCCCUUGUCGGAGAAACAGUCUCUGGUGUCCUACGCGUCGCCAACCUCCGUCCCACCGGCUUUACCCUCGCUUAGUCCCUCCAAACUAUACUAUAAGUUCGGUGACUGUACUUGUGUUGUUCUAUUUUGUGUCGUGACCAGUUUAUGUUUGCUUGCGUGUGGGUUAACCAUAUGCAUGAAAUAAGGUCUAGGGUUUGUGUCUCAAUCUUAAAAGUCGUGUACUCUUUGUCGUUUACAACUUUCAGUAUGUAUAAUGCUGUUAUGAAAUGUAAGAAGUAAUUUAUGUGUCCUUGUUUGCAUAAUAUUUUUUUUUUACUUGCUCUUAUAAAAAAAAAUCAAAAAUUCUUCGAAAGCAAAAAAGAGUUUGAAAAAAAAAUUAUUCGAAAGCACUUUGAAAUCAUUAAAAACCGAUGUUUAAAACAUUCUUAAAUAACAAUGAAC